CUGAGGGCCGUCGCCAUGGAGACGGCAGCGGCCGCGGCCCCGGGCCCGGGCUGGGCGGCCGAAGGCGAGCGGCGGCGGCGACGCUGCUCCCGCCGGGACCGCGACCGCGAGCAGCGGCGCCGCCGAGGCCCAGGAGGCGACGCACCCCGGGCCCUGCUGGCCGCCCCGCGCGGCUCCUCGUCUUCGUCGUCGCCGCCGCCGCCGCCCGCCAGGCCCUGGUCAUCGGCUUCGUCCGGAGAGCGGCCUGGGGGCCCGAGGCGGCGGCGGCCCCGACCCAGGCCGCGGCCUCCGCGACCCCGCGCUCGAAAGCGGCCUGCCGGCUCCGGCAGCCGCGGGGAGGAGGAGGAAGAAGAGGAGGAGGAGGGUGGCGCCGACGAUGGGGAAGCCGAGGAGGAGCCGGAGGAGGAAGAGGAGGAGGAGGAGGACCUGAUCGAUGGCUUUGCCAUCGCUAGCUUCGCCAGCCUCGAGGCCUUGCAGAAGGAUGCAUCUCUUCAGCCCCCAGAGCGCCUGGAACAUCGGCUGAAGCAUUCUGGGAAACGGAAGAGGGGGGGCUCCAGUGGGGCCACCGGGGAGCCAGGGGACAGCUCUGAUCGGGAGCCUGGCCGGCCCCCUGGGGAUCGGCCUCGAAAAUGGCCCAAUAAGCGGAGAAGGAAAGAGGCCUUCUCCCGGCACUCUGUGGAAGCUGGAUACAUAUGUGAUGCAGAAAGUGAUCUGGAUGAGAGGGUCUCUGAUGAUGACCUCGACCCAUCCUUUACUGUCUCAACCAGCAAAGCCUCGGGCCCCCAUGGCGCCUUCAAUGGGAACUGUGAAGCAAAACUCUCCGUGGUCCCUAAAGUGUCGGGCCUGGAGCGGAGCCAGGAACAGCCCCCAGGGCCCGACCCGCUGCUAGUGCCUUUCCCCCAAAAGGAACCACCGCCUCCACCGGCCCCUCGGCCUCCUGUCUCACCCCCUACGCCCUUGCCGGCCACCCCCAGUCUGCCACCCCCACCCCAGCCCCAGCUGCAGCUGCGGGUCUCGCCCUUCGGCAUGCGCACUUCUCCCUACGGCAGCAGCCUGGACCUCAGCACUGGCAGCUCUUCACGGCCGCCCCCCAAGGCCCCGGCCCCUCCCGUGGCUCAGCCUCCCCACUCAUCCUCCUCCUCAUCCGCCGCCUCCUCGUCCUCGUCCACGCAGCUCAGCCACCGGCCCCCGACGCCCUCCCUGCCCCUGCCUUUGUCCACCCACGGCUUUCCUGCCCCUGGGUUGCGGCCUCCACCGCCUCCCCACCACCCCUCCUUGUUCCCCCCCGGCCCCACCCUGCCUCCACCGCCACCCCUGCUGCAGGUGCCAGGGCACCCUGGGGCCUCAGCUGCUAACACCCUCUCUGAGCAGGACCUGAUCGGCCAGGACCUGAACUCUCGAUACCUGAAUGCCCAGGGUGGCCCUGAGGUGGUGGCGGCAGGGGGCUCGGCCCGGCCUCUUGCCUUCCAGUUCCACCAGCACAACCACCAGCACCAGCACACCCACCAGCACACCCACCAGCACUUCACCCCUUACCCCCCAGGCCUGCUGCCACCCCACGGCCCCCACAUGUUUGAGAAAUACCCAGGAAAGAUGGAAGGCCUUUUCCGACAUAAUCCGUAUGCGGCCUUCCCUCCCGCAGUGCCAGGGCUCCCUCCAGGCCUCCCGCCAGCUGUCUCCUUUGGCUCCCUGCAGGGGGCCUUCCAGCCCAAGAGCACGAACCCUGAGCCGCCACCACGACUGGGGCCAGUGCCAAGCGGGCUCCCCCAGAAGGGGACACAGAUCCCCGACCAUUUCCGGCCACCUUUGAGGAAGCCAGGGAAAUGGUGCGCCAUGCACGUGCGCUUGGCUUACAUGAUCCUGAGACACCAGGAAAAGAUAAAGGGUGAUUCCCACAAGCUUGACUUUCGGAAUGACCUCCUGCCCUGCCUUCCGGGGCCCUAUGGGGCCUUGCCCCCUGGGCAGGAGCUCUCCCACCCGGCCUCCCUCUUCACUGCGACUGGUGCCGUCCACGCUGCAGCCAACCCUUUCACGGCAGCUCCCGGGGCCCACGGAGCCUUCCUGAGCCCCAGCACCCACAUUGACCCCUUUGGGCGCCCCACAAGCUUUGCCUCCUUGGCUGCCCUCUCCAAUGGGGCCUUUGGAGGGCUGGGCAGCCCCACAUUCAACUCCGGUGCCGUCUUUGCCCAGAAAGAAAGCCCAGGGGCCCCGCCAGCCUUUGCCUCUCCCCCAGAUCCGUGGGGCCGCCUGCACCGCAGCCCCUUGGCCUUCCCAGCCUGGGUCCGCCCCCCUGAGGCCGCUCGGACCCCAGGCUCAGACAAGGAGCGGCCUGUGGAGCGGAGGGAGCCCUCGAUUUCCAAGGAGGAGAAGGACAGGGACCUCCCCUUCUCACGGCCCCAGCUCCGAGUUUCUCCUGCGACGCCCAAGGCCCGGGCGGGCGAGGAAGGGGCUCGGCCCGCCAAGGAGUCGGUGCGGGUAAAGGAAGAGCGGAAGGAGGAGGCUGCUGCCGCCGCCGCUGCCGCUGCCGCUGCCGCCGCUGCCGCCGCCGCUGCUGCAGCCACUGGGCCUCAGGGCCUCCACCUGCUGUUUGAGAGGCCUCGGCCACCGCCGUUCCUGGGCCCUAGUCCGCCAGAGCGCUGCGCAGGCUUCCUGGAGCCAGCCUGGUUGGCAGGACCCCCGCGCCUCGCCAGGCCGCCCCGCUUCUAUGAGGCAGGCGAGGAGCUGACGGGACCUGGGGCUGUGGCUGCUGCCCGCCUCUACGGCCUGGAGCCCACUCACCCGCUACUCUACAGCCGAUUGGCUCCGCCACCGCCACCUGCCGCGGCCCCAGGAACCCCUCAUCUUCUCAGCAAGACCCCCCCAGGAGCCCUUUUGGGGGCGCCACCUCCACUCGUGCCGGCCCCCCGGCCCAGCUCCCCGCCGAGGGCCCCCGGCCCAGCACGGGCUGACAGGUGAGGGGAGUGUGUGUGGGACAGAGCUCCAGCUCCCCUUGCUGUUGGCCGGGCCUUGGGGCUGGGGUUGAAGCCGAGGCUGGAGGGCAAGGGUCACAACCUCAGCAGUCUGAGGCCCUGGACCCCAUGAGGGCAAGGGUCACAUGCACUGUGGGGUCACCGGGAGGGCAGAGGCCUCCAGCCUAGAGGGCGUGUGAGCAGGCCAUUGCCACGCUGAGGUGCACCGCUGCCCCAGGGGCCUCUGGAGAGGCCGCCUACUCAAGGGCUCACUCAGCCAGAGGCCGGCGCCCCUCCAGCUAGGCUGAGCUCACCUCCCGGGGCGGAGGAGGGGCUAGAGAGAAGGGGCUCCGUGUACAUAUUUAUCUCCCCUUCCGCACAGCCCUCAGACCUUUUGUACAUUUUUACAGGGGUGCCCUCCCCGCAGACCCCUCCCGGUUCAUUAAACCCUCAGACUGGUGCUGUGUUCCUAGCCUCCAGCCUCUCUGGGGGAGGGGAGGCAGGGCUCCGGGGCUUGUCCCUGGGAAGGCACCGGCCUGGGCCAGGGGAGGCCGGGUCCUUCCCGCCGGGCCACAGCCCAGGCGCCACCCGCGCCUUCAGCUCUGCCCUCCGCGCCAAGCCCCGGACCACCUCUGCGGCUCAGUGCCCUGCUCCACAGAACCGUGCUCCAGAACCCUGCUGGAGGCUGGGGGUGGGCAGAAAAGGUCCCCCGUACCACACACCAAAGAAAGGGCCUGGCCCGGGGGUGGGCGACAAGGCAGCUUCCUCCUCAGCAGCCUCGAGAGCGAGGCAGCCCCAGCCUCCCAAAGCAGCAGGUGUCUCCAGAGUGGGGCCCGUCUGGAAGGCAGGGCUCAGUUAACAAAACCCUAACGUUGACUUUUUCCCCCGGUGGGGCUUAUUCUGUAACAUGACUUGCGGAUAUUUAUAUAAAAAUGAGUGUUACAAUGAG